CACCCCUCCCAUUUCUCUCUCUCUCUCUCUCUAUGUGUGUUUGCAUUCGACAAAGAAAUGAUUUGAACUUCCCACUGCCUCAUAAAAAGGAAACAGAAUAGCAGUUUUGACAUAUGGAUGUGAUUUCUCCGCUCUGACACAGAUGCACACACACACACAAGCCUGCUCCUUUUCACAUGGACUCGUUGCCUACAUGCAUGAAGCGGCUGGAGGUGCUCAGCAAUGAGAAGGCGAAGAGGAGGACUGGGCUGGCUUGUCAUUUGCCUCUCGGGCUGAGAGCCAUCCGGCCAGACCUCUGAAGGGGUCGCUGGGGAAGGAGGACUCCUCUCCAAGCCCGGAUCCCGGCAAGAAGCUUUCUCUCCUCCUCCCAGCUGCCCAGAGAGCUUCUUGGAUGCUGCCCUAAGCGUCUUGGCUAUGGGAUCAUAUCUGGUUUAUCACAGCCUGGGUUUGAUCCUCUGCUGCUCCGUGCUAAGUUCUGUCUACGCGCUGGUGGAUGCGGACGAUGUCAUCACCAAGGAGGAGCAGAUCUUCCUGCUGCUAAAAGCCAAGGCCAAGUGUGAGCGACACCUGAAAGCCAAGGUGCCCAAGGUGCACGAUGGCUUCUGCCUGCCCGAGUGGGACGGCAUUGUCUGCUGGCCGGAAGGCAUGCCAGGCAAAGUGGUGGCGUUGCCAUGUCCGGAGUACAUCUAUGACUUCAAUCACAAAGGCCAUGCCUAUCGGCGGUGUGACCUGAACGGGAGCUGGGAGCUGGUGCCAGGCAACAACCGGACCUGGGCGAAUUACAGCGAGUGUGCGAAGUUCCUCACCAACGAGACGAGGGAAAGGGAGGUCUUUGAUCGUCUCUAUGUGAUUUAUACUGUCGGAUACUCCAUCUCCCUGGGCUCCCUGACAGUGGCUGUCCUUAUCCUGGGAUACUUCAGGCGUUUGCACUGCACGAGGAAUUACAUCCACAUGCACCUAUUCGUCUCCUUCAUGCUGAGAGCCGUCAGCAUCUUUGUGAAGGACGCGGUCUUGUACUCGGGGUCAUAUCUGGAGGAGAUGGAGCGCAUCUCAGAAGAAGACCUGAAGUCCAUUACUGAGGCCCCACCAGCGGAUAAGUCGCAGUUUGUGGGCUGUAAGGUGGCCGUUACCUUCUUCCUUUACUUCCUGGCAACCAAUUACUACUGGAUACUGGUGGAAGGUCUCUAUCUCCACAGCCUGAUCUUCAUGGCGUUUUUCUCAGAGAAGAAGUAUCUUUGGGGAUUCACGUUAUUUGGCUGGGGUCUCCCUGCUGUAUUUGUGAUGGUGUGGGCCAGUGUGAGGGCCACUCUUGCAGAUACCGAGUGCUGGGACUUGAGUGCCGGCAAUUUAAAAUGGAUCAUUCAGGUGCCCAUCCUGGCAGCUAUUGUGGUAAAUUUUAUUCUUUUUAUCAAUAUUAUCCGAGUCUUAGCAACCAAGCUGCGGGAAACCAAUGCAGGGCGGUGCGAUACCAAGCAACAAUACAGGAAGCUGCUGAAAUCUACCCUCGUCCUUAUGCCUCUGUUCGGCGUUCACUACAUAGUUUUCAUGGCAAUGCCAUACACAGACGUGUCAGGGAUACUUUGGCAAGUUCAAAUGCACUAUGAAAUGCUGUUCAACUCUUUCCAGGGAUUUUUUGUGGCCAUCAUAUACUGUUUUUGCAAUGGAGAGGUUCAAGCCGAAAUAAAGAAGUCAUGGAGCAGAUGGACAUUAGCACUUGACUUUAAAAGGAAAGCACGGAGUGGGAGCACAACAUAUAGCUAUGGACCCAUGGUCUCCCAUACCAGCAUCACGAACGUAACUACCAGAGGGGCACUUGCCCUCCACCUCAAUACGAGACUUAUACCGGGAGCCCUCAAUGGACACCGAAAUUUGCCGGGCUAUGUCAAAAAUGGCUCCAUUUCAGAAAACUCCAUGCCUUCUUCCGGGCCGGAGCAAUACAACAAAGACGAGGAGUACCUGAACGGCUCGGGACUUUACGAUGGAGACAGGCCUACGGUGCUUGUUGAAGAAGAAAGAGAGACAGUGAUGUAAGGAUCAGAGAGGAAGACGAAGAACAAGGAGACGAAAGGUUCCCGGAGAGCAUUUAGUGGGCAAAAGAAGACCAGGCUGCACAUGGGAUGCCAAGGGUUUUCAUUCAGUUUCUCUGUUCUGUGCAACAGGAGGUCACGUUACAUGGAAAAAGCGGGCCAGCAAUGUGGCCAGCUGUUGAUCACACACAUUUGCUCAGUGGUCUCCAAGGUGUUAAUGAAGGCAGUGCUGUCCAGACCUGCGGGCCUCGCUACCUGUUGAACAACGGGGGUAGUCAGCGUUUACAUGAGGGGUGUACCAACGGCACGCGGUAGUUUCACCUCUCGGAGAGCAUUUGAAGCACAAAGAUGAAGGGAAACCCAGUCAAAGGAGCGGGCAGCGUGAAGUGCCAUCUUCUUGCAGUGGUACGAGAGGCCGGUGGCGUUGCCUUCACCACUUGGCUUGGUUUGGCUGUCUCUUUUAUUGUCAAGCCCAUCUGUCAUAUGGUAACACACACAGGACUGGCUGGGUCCCCUGGGCCGUAGCCACUACUUGUAGCGGACUAAGACACAGCACGGACUGUGAUGGCAUUGGAUGUCUGUGUCCGUCCGGGGUCGCUCGGUGCAUGUUCCUUCAGGAGCAAUCCCACUGCUGAUUCCCUGAAGAAGCAGCAUGCUUUUUUCUUCUUUGGUAAAUGACUCACAACUACUGGAUGUCAAUGAAUAUUGGGGGUCCCCUUCUCCUACCUGAGCCCAGGGAGCGAGAGUCAAAUUAGUGCAAUCAGAGAUUUAACAUGAACAGGACGUUCUAGCUGGUCCAAGCCUAAAAUCAGUCUGUUGACUUGUGAGUGCAUUGAGCAGUAGGUCGGAGCAGGAGCUUGAUGGUACCUCAGUGUGUGUUUUGGGGGGGGGCAUGUAAAACCAGGCCAGAGAAAAGCAAACUCGCCCGUUUCAAGGGAAUGUACUUAACUCAUUUUCAGUCUCUUUUUUUCCUUCCCAUUCUCACUUCCUGCUCCCCGUUGAGUAUGGGAAGGCUAACAUGUGAGGAGAAGGGCUGUUUUAGCAAUAUCCCGUUUCAAUCAGAGCCGACGAAGGCUGGCAUCUGACUCAACAUGACGUUUGCAAGCCAGGCCUACAGAUAAUUCAUUGCAGACCUCCAGGUGCAUCUCUGAACCUCCAGGAUGGGUUGUGGGUUCCCCUUCUAAGGUACACACACACACACAUGCAUAUACACAUAUGCAUGUACUCACAGCGGGCUUGACCCUCAGCUGGUAUAAGCAUUCAUGGGUCCCUUGAGGCUAUUGAAACCACCCCAGGGCUCAAACACAGUCGUGUCCCAGCAAGGGGAAAGUGUACGGUUAAUAGUGACUGCAGAAAAGGGUUCAGGAAUGAUUGUGAUCCUCUGCAGCUCCCCUUCCUGGUGUAUGCUGUGGAUGUCCUGGUUUCACCCCAGGCCUCAGCAAUGAGCAUGCUUUAGCACACGUGAUAUUGUUCUCUGGCCUAUCUGAUGUGCUGAGCAGCAAUGAUAUCAUGCAUUGGCUGCAUCUCUGGCUGGAGAAAGCCAGGAGAGCUCCAUUGAGCCUGUGCAGCGCUAGCUGAGGGUCUAGCCCGGUAUGUCCACCGGUUCCCAAGCAUCAUUCAAGGACUUUGGGACAGUGACCCCAGCUGGGAACUCCCCAGCCUGCUGGGGGGAAAUCUUCCUUGGGCUCCUGUUGUAACAGCCGUUCCUCCUCCCGCACUUUAAAAGCCAUAGUCCAGUCCGAGAAUAAAUGCUUGCAGCAUGUCCAGCACAAGAAGCAUGUUCAUCCCCUAUCAAUGUGAUCCGGCUGCUAUUGAAAUGUAAUCAGAAAGAGCUAUUGUGCAAAGGUCGCUGGGGACCCAGACUGGUGCCAAUCAGAUAAUCCACUCUCUAUCCUGCUCCUUCUUGGCUAGGCUGGUGAAUCCUACCGACCGGCGCCUCGCAGAUAUACCCAAGUCAUUGGAAAGGGACUGCUCCUCUCCAGACACGGUUAGGAUGAAGGACGGUCGUCCCAAACCUCAGGUCCUGACUAGGCCCCUGGGAAGAGCAGCUGGUAUCUUGAUCUGCCUCGAGUGUCCCAUACCUGCCUUUCUGCCGCCUCUCAGGUUAGGGCCUGAUACAAAGCCCAGUGACGUCAAGCAAAAAGGCUCCUGCCGGCAUCACUGAGUUUUGGCUCAGAAACUUGUGGGAGGAGGGUGUCGUGGGGGGGCCAAGAGGGGCCCCGAAGGAACGGCACCCCUAUUGCAGGU